AUGGCUGCGGGAAAACAAGCUGUCUCAUUCGAUGAGAUCAUUCAGGCCGCUCGCCAGCGACGCAGGAAACAGGCCUUGACAGACAAAUUCUUCGAGACCAAAAGGCGAUCCAGUGCACCAGUCCCGGGUCCAGGCUCAGGUUUAGGUUCGGGUUCAGGCGCUUUGGCAGAUAGAGUGUCUGCAGCACCUGGUAGUCUUGCAAGUAGAGCGGGAAUUUCAAAGAGAUCAGCAGCGCCCGCGACCAGAAGUUUCGCAAGUGCCCUACCUACCUACCCCUCCAAGCUAAAUCGCACAGUCCCUGAUCUCUUUCCAGAAAACGGUCAGGCUUCAGUUCAGAAUCAGGGACUAGGUUAUAGCAUCAAGGGAACCGCUUCGGGACCCUGUAUGGUUCUUGGAAGCAAUUUUGCUCCAGGCACUACUGCUGCAGAUAUCGAGUCAGCGUUAGAACCCGUAGGAGGGCGAAUGCUGAAUUGCAGGAUUGUGUCCACCCACCCCAUUGUGGUUGCUGAGAUGGUUUUCGAGGAGAGAAGCGGUGCUGAGGCUGUAGUCGCACGGUUCAACAAUCAAAAGGCGGAUGGAAGAAUCCUCAGCGUUCGAAUAAAGCCAGGACCCACUCCCCAAAUACCCACUGAAACAAACGACCAAACCCCCCUACGCCACCAUCGCUCCCAACCUAACUUCGAAAAUCUGCGCGAACAAGCGGACCGCGAACGCCGUGAGCGUGAACAACGACGCGCUGAUCCGCAGAUCCAAGAUGGCCGCUAUGGCUUUGAUGAAUUCAGUCAGCAGCAGCACAGAGGAGGUGCAAGCGAUGCUCGUGUAGCAGGCGGUCGACGAAGAGAUCGAAGCUGGUCUGGAGCCGGGACGGGCGGAUUGGGGAGGAGUCAACGUUCCGGGAACGGUGACACAGGGCUUUACAGUGAUCGGAUGGUUAUCGAUAAGCCUGGUAGCGAAUCGCGCAAUCGUGAGGGACGGGGUAGGUAG